UCAAUUGAAACCAUCAUUAAAUCUCACCAUGGGUCCAAGGAAGGUCAUCGUUUUUGGGGCAACAGGAGAUGUAGGCUCUGCUGCUGCGCGAACCGCUCACUCCCAUGGCGCUAAAGUCUUUCUCGCGCUGCGCGACAUCACGAAACCAGUCCCCGGUCUGACUGCUACGGAAGAACAAAGUGCUGGAUAUGAAAGAGUGCAGGCCGACCUCACGCAACCUGAUACCGUCCGCACUGCAGUUUCUAAGACCGGUGCCACCCAUGCAUUCAUCUACGCGGCACUUGGAUCCUCAUCUGACCACUGGCUCUCCACUGCAGAGGCGCUCAAAGCUGGAGGAAUUGAACUUGUGGUUCUAUUGAGCAGCUUCACUGUGCAAGGCGAUAUUCGUGCGAUCCCGCAAAGUGACUUUAUUGGAUACGCGCACGCUAACUCGCGUUGGUGGCAGAAACAGAUUGUCGAGGACGGAGAAGUGAAGUGGGCGUUCCCAGACCUGAAGGUCGACUAUAUUUCUCCGGAUGAUAUCGGUGCGGUAUGUGGGACAAUCCUCGCUGGUGCUUUCAAGGGCGAACAUGAAACUUCGGUUUUUCUGUGUGGGCCAGAAACAGACCUAUCUGUUGCCGAUGCUAUUGAGACUAUCGGACGGGCGAUCAAUAAACCAGUGAAAGUCACAAAGGUCAGCACGGAUGAAAACAUCAAAGUGAUGGUUGAGAAGUCUGGAACCCCUGAACCAUUGGCCAGACUCUUGACAGAUGGUUUCGCGCUUGAGAACCAACACCAAGGAAUGUUGCGUGCAGAGACUCCAGAGAUCAGAGGAAAUAUCGAGAGAUAUCUGGGUCGUCCAGCGAUGCGCUUUUCUGAAUGGGUGGAGCGGAACAAAGACAAGUUCAGUGCUUGAUAGAUAUCUAUGAUGUAUUAAUUGUGUUUGUUAGUCGUGUUUGACGCCAUAUCAAAAUGUCAAUCCUGAGCCCUUGCUGAGUAAAGAGGCUAAGAAUAACUUAUGGCUAAGAAUAUGGCGGCUGGCAUAAGACUCGCAUUUCUCACGCAAUUGACUUGGCAGUAUAAAA